AUGGGAAGAGGGCAUGACGGCAGAGAGCAAUCCUAUGUCGCGUUCUUGGUGAUAGAGACUUAUCCUUCUAGAGACCAGUGGGGGUGGGCGCCUAUGUAUUGGAAUUGCGAUAUACGGAAUGUCUGGGCUGUUCGUGAAGAUGGGCGGGAUCUGGCUACGAGCGAUAUCGCAAUAAUCUGCCAUUUUCCGAGGCGCAAUUUGCAGCCUAUGUUGGAAGUCGUUAUGGAAUCAGCAACGAGGCUACCCGUGGAUUUUGACGCAAGCUAUCUAUGGCUGAAAUCCCAUGUGCCCAAGCCUAUGCCACUAGCUACGGAGUAUGCUGUGUUUGGAUUUAUCGCCGAAACUCAACUCAUGGCUAGGCUUCCCCAGAACUCAGACAGCAUAUUAUCCAAGUUGGAGGCUGAUACGCAAUCAGCCACAGCCAUGGCGCAAAACAAGGACUCUUCAAACUUGAUAAGGCGGUCAAAAAAACACUUCCCUGAGAAAUUGAUCCAAGACUCCCGGUGA